AAGGAUGAGCUUCACGAGGGCAGGGACCGUCUCUCACUCCCCGGGGGCGGGCAUCACACGGCGGUUGGUCGAUGACGUCUCCUGGAUCGAUGAACUAAACGCCCCGCUUCCCAACCAGGCCCCCCGUGUCACUGUCACUCGCGUCAAGGACCAACAGGAUGGAGGGUGAAGCUGAAUAUAUCCUUCCUACCAAAACGAAAUAUGUCGGGGAGAUGAAGGAUGGCAUGUUUCAUGGCCAAGGAACCCUGUACUUCCCCAGCGGGAGCCGCUAUGAUGCCAUUUGGGAAAAGGGACUGGUUGUGAAGGGCACAUACACAUUCUCAGAUGGGCUACAGUACGAUGCGGAGCACUGGCAUUACUGUGACAGCUAUGAUAGGAGGUUUUACACCGAGAUCUGCUACGGCUUGAAGCCUGCAGGGAUCUCUCAACUCACCAACAUGGACCCACCUCGAAAGAUCCCUCAGGGCUGUUACGACUGUGGAGAUGGCUUCUAUAACCCGACCACGAGGGUUGUCAAGGACUAUAGGAAUCGCUUUCUGAGAAACACAGCGGGCCAAAGAACAGGACUUUCAACGCCACCGAUAAACCAGGACUCCUCUGAUGUUGAGGCCACGGCUGCCUUCAUCCGACAGGUGAGAAAGCUGAGGCCUGCACAGGGCGGAUCACUUGCCCGGCCCUGCACAGCCUGCCAGGCCUCCGUCCGCAGCAGACCCGGGCUGCCUCUCCACAAUGCUUCCCUCGUGGUUUUGGCAAAAUGGCCCAGCGAGUCCCCUGCACAGGCCCUCCUGCCGUCUUCUCUCUGUGACACAAAAGGCAAUUUGCCCAAAUGUGAUAAUCACCUGGAGGCUGGCACGCAGGGGCAUCCCUGCCUUAUCUGUGGUAUUGUUAGCAGCGCCAUAAUGGAGGCUUUGUGGAGGGAUAAUAUCACACUUGUGACUGCCAAAUAAGAUGCCUGCACAGAUCACACAUCCCUGCCAGCCGACUUGGGCAUCUGCUUUAAGCAAAAAGGAUAGGAAGAGAAAUGAUGAGCACUGAAAGCCUCUGCUGUGCCAGGGACUUACCACCUCCCGAUCUUCUGAGGAAUAUAUCGUUGCCCCUGUUUGGCAGCCGGGGAAACUGAGGCUUGCUGAUGGGUGCAGCUAGUGAAGGGAGGAAUCAGGAUUUGGAUCCAGGCCUCUCUGACACCAGAGGCCAUGCUCUGAACAGAGAUGGGCUGUGGCCUUUUCUGAAAUCUCUCUGAGAACUUCGGCAAAGCUAUAGAACUUCUCCCCGGAGAAAUACACUUUUACCUGCCAACAGAAUUUUGCCUACAGAGGGCGGAAUCAGACCCAGAUGGAAGUCUGAGCUCCUGGGAAAACAGCCUGAGGGGCUUCCUGCCUCUCCCUGGCUGCCCAAAUCGCCUCCCUCGCUCCUCACUCCAAUUCUAAGAGCCCUGGAAAUUCCUCUUCCAGCUGUUGCGCCAGAUUCUGGUAACAAUAUGUCCCCAACCCCACAGCAGUCUCCUGGAAGCAUCCAAAGGACACAGCUUUCCCCUUCCAUGGCUGGAGUCAACCCCGGGCUAGUCAGUACAAUGGUUUGUUUUUCUCCUUUUCCUUUUUUUUUUUUUUUUUUUAAGAUUUUAUUUAUUUCUUCAUGAGAGACAGAGAGAGAAGCAGAGACAUGGGCAGAGGGAGAAGCAGGUGCCCCUGAGGGAAGCCCGAUGUGGGGCUCCGUUCCAGAACCCCAGGAUCACACCCUGAGCUGAAGGCAGCCGAUCAACAACUGAGCCCCCCAGGAGUCCCCGUCUUGUGCCCCUCAAUAGAAGUGAAUGCAAGGCCAGAGUCCAGGGAGCAGGAGCUUCAUGUCCCUUCCGCAGCGCAGCUCCGGAACUGGAGGCCGUCAGCUGAAAGUCCUGCUCAACCUCCUGGAGACAGAGGCAGGUUUCCAGGCAGGCCUUUAGAGCCAGACCCAUCAGACCCCGGCUGUGCCAUUUGCUGUCUGUAUGACCUAGAGUGAGUCUCUUAACUUCUCUGAACGUGGGUUUCCUCACCUAAAAAAGUCGGAGGAGGAAAAUAGGACUUCCGUUACAGGGUUGUGGUAAGCAUUAUUGAGAUGAUACAGGGCAUACAGAGAAAGCAAUGCCAGGCCCAUGAGGCCUUACACCCUGGGGCGGUCUUUGAAGUGGGGGGAGGGGGAGAACUCCUUAACUCCGUGCCCCAAAGGGAGGAGCUGGCCUCAUGGUGGCAAACCGCCCUGUGGCAUCCCCAGCUGCUUCUUUUUGUUUGUUUGUUUUAAGAUUUUAUUUAUUUAUUCAUGAGAGACACAGAGAGAGAGAGAGGCAGAGACAUAGGCAGAGUAGUAGGCUCCAUUCAGGGACCCCCGUGUGGGACUCCAUCCCACUUCUGAUGGGGACUUCAAGACGGGGCUGGAGGCCUGCAGGAUCCCCAUCUCCCUAUCUACCCAUUGGCAUUGUUCCUCAUCUUCAUCAUUUCUUAUCCACCUAGAGCUUUACCCUGGGGUAAAUCCUGGGGUAGGAUUUACCCACUCCCUGGGGGCCCGAACUCCACAUCUGCCCCUCCGAACCAGCACAGUGCAGGGCAGGGGAAGCAGAUGCACACACAGUGACAGGAUCUGGGGCAGGCGCUCUCUGGACAGAAGCAUGAGGCCUUCAGGGAGUCUACGCGUAAUGAACCUCCUGCCCCAAAAAAUAUAGCUCAGAAAUUAACAUCAACCCCAAAAACAAGUAUGUGGAAAGAAGUCUAGCAGAAUUCUAUAUUCCUAUGAUAUUUAUGUUAAUAGGAGAUUCUUUGUCCAAAACACCGAGAGUGCCUCUGCUGUGCUAGUGCCAGGAGCCAGAAGCACAGUAUGCUGGAGGAGCCAAGACAAGGGCAUGGAUAUGCCCCAGGGGUCGUUGAGAUGCUAUCCCGGAAAAGGUAGUGUCUGGCUAGGCUGUCAGGGAUGAGAAGUGGAUUGAUUGUGCUGAUGGAAGGAACAAAGCAGAGAGAGGUGUAGGGACAGAGGGUGCCCAAGGUGGGGCUCCUGAGACCGGCUCCUGUGUUGGGGGUUGGAAGAAGAGUCAAGGGAUGUCUCCCUCAAGCAGUGUUGGACAGACUGGGCUUUGACAGGUGUGUAGGAGUACAUCCUAGCUGGGCAUUCGAGGCAUAGGGACCCAGUGUGGAGGGGAGAGAGCCUUGAAUGCCGUCCUUCCGGCAGUGAGGAUUAAAGGCAUGGCAGUUACGGACAGGCCUUUCAGGGACACAGGUAGUGGCUACGGGCUGCAGGUCUAGAGAUAGACUUGGCUCUGCCCUGGGGCCCACUUGCUGGCUGGAUGAGCUUGAGCAGAUGACUUCACCUCUCUGAGCCUCGGGACCUCCAUCUGUGAAAUGGGGAUGCUGACAGUGACCUUCUAAGAUCCCUCUGAGGAUUAGGUUCUAGUGUGCUAGUGUGUCCUGCAGAUCCUUGCCACCCUAACACCCCUCCUGGCGGGCCCCACUGCCAAAGCCUUAAUUCGGCCCUCAGCAUCUGCCGGCCAGAGGACAGAGGUCCCAACUACCGGACCUGUCCCCUGCAGUCUGUCAUCCACACCCAACUGGAGAGCCGGGGCAGAAGGGAACAGCGGCCGGUCAGAGCAGAGGCUCCAGGGCCCAGGCGAACUGAGUGGCCUUAGCCUUGCCUUGGCACGUCAGUCCCCUGAGCUGCCUGUGUACAGCACCUCGGCAUCAUGGACACGUGCAGGGAACACACAUUCGACUGUACGUGCUUGAAAAACAGAAGUGGGGGAAGCAAGAAGAGGAGGGUUACAAGCUGCGUGAGGUUUGGCACCCACACUCCACGCUCGCUGCUGUGAAUCCGUGGGCCCCCAGGCCGUGCGUGAGCACCUCGAUAUAUAGGGGUAUGUCUUUUUUAAUACGCCAGCUGUGCAUUUGGACCUCUACAGCGGAAAUGACUCCGUCUCCCAAGAGCGCCAGGAUACCAACUGCUUAGCGCUGGCUGGCGUGUCCUCGCGCCACGGGGCUUUCCUAAGAGAUUCCCAAGGGGCGUUAUUACUCAGGGCACUUCCCCUGCCACCGACUGGCUGGAACACCUAAAACUCCUACCUGAGACAACACCAGCUGUGAAUCUGACAGAUGUUUACAAGGAUUGCGUGAGAUCAGGCGUGCGGAGUGCAGGGCUCAGCGCCUGGCACGUGCAAGUGCUUCCUAACACCAGGUGGCCAUGCUCUGGUUCAGACUCACCCCUUCCAGGCACAGCCCUAAUCCAGCCCUAGGUCUGAUUUUGGAGGCCUCAACCCUGUCGUACUCAACAAAUUAAAGCAAAAUGCAUCCGCACAUCCCAUAUUCAAUACAAAUUUCUUGCUGUUAAAACUUUGAAAGGUUUUUUAAAAUUUUGCUUGGUAAACGGCCUACCACCAGUCGGGCUGUGAUUUCUAGAGCCACAUGCACGCUAGAGAAUUCUUGCAAAAUGAGGAAAGCAAGCCUACAAACUAAUUUCAAGUGUGAUGAAAUUGUUUUGAUCUCCAAGUUUAAUAAUUAAGUCUGAAUGCAUUAAUUAUAACAUUUAUUAAUUUCA